UUUAUUCAGAGCCAAAGAACGAGAGCCAGAAUGGAACUUCUGAUGGUCCUCUUGUGUUCUUUGUUGUUCUGCCCUUCGCAGAACCUGCCUGUCAAGCUAUCACAGUCCCUUGAUGAAAAGGAUGAAAUAGUAAUGCAAUUCAUGGUAGACCCAAGCAAACCAGAGAAUGAUUCAGCAAGUGAAGUGAAUAACCUUGGCAAAGAUGAGAUGUAUCCUGUCGAUCGAAUUUUGAAGAUAAACAGUCAGCUUGAAGGAAAUGAGUUUGAAGAUGUGUCCAUCAUCUUUGGAGAUAUUGCUGUUUAUAAUCGCCUGGGUAAUGCAGACUGGUGUACUUCCAGCACUUGUCGUUGGCCGAAAGCUAGAGAUGGAAAUGUUUAUAUUCCAUACCGAAUUUCAUCAUAUUUCCGCCCCAGUGAAACACAGGUUAUUGUAGAUGCAAUGAAAGCCAUAGAGAAAGAGACUUGCAUUCGGUACAGACCCCAGUUAAAAGAGAACGACUACAUUUCAAUUAAACCACUUCAAGGAUGCUGGUCAUUUGUAGGAAGACAACAUGGUGGACAAGACCUCUCCCUUGGUACAGGAUGUGUUUAUCAUGGCAUUGUCCAACAUGAACUUCUGCAUGCUCUGGGCUUUCAUCAUGAACAGAGCCGCAGUGACCGGGAUAAGUUUGUUAACAUCUACUUGCAAAAUGUUAUAAAAGGCACGGAAGGUAACUUUGCAAAGGUAAAUACCAAUAAUCUUGGAACACACUAUGAUUAUGAUUCAAUCAUGCACUAUGGAAAGUUUUACUUCUCUGCCAAUGGACAACCAACUAUUUUACCUAAACCAAACCCAGAUGUACCAAUAGGACAACGAUUUGGCCUAAGCUGUACAGACAUAAAGAAGAUCGUCACGCUCUAUAAAUGCUGAAUACCCUGAUAUCACGGGUAACAAACUGAGCUAUCUCUUGGAAUGCAAUGGGCGCUACUAGCAAGGCUUUCAGUAAUAACCAGAAAGUCAAGCUUCAUGCGUCUGGGAGGUGUACUUGAGCAGAAAGAUUGGAUUUUUUUAAGACUAAUGGAAAUUACCACUUAUUUCUGUAUUAUUUUAUCACUUUAAUUUGCAAACUGAUAUUCUUGUAUAGCCUAUACACAGAUAUUGUCUCAUUUCUUUGUUUUAAUAAAUGUUAUUGGAAUCAAAAAAUGAAGAAAUAAAAUGAAUGAAAUAU